AUGCAUUCACUCUGGAGGCUCCUGGUCCUCCUCAGCUUGCUGGCCUUGCCCUUGGCACUACAGAAGCAGCACUGGCCUGGCCUGGCCAAGACCCACACAGACAACAAAUCGGGUCUGGCAAGAAUUAUUGCCCAGGGCCUCAUGAAGCGCAAUACAGAGCGCCGAAUCCAGAACAUCCGCUUCCUGGACAGUCUGAAUGCCUCCAGGCAGAUGGCCUCGGGGAUGGUGGGAUGGCUAAUUGACAGCAUGAGUCUUCAGCAGCAUCAAGAAGGCAGCGCCAACAUCACCAACAUUCAGCUGGACUAUGGCGGGAUCCGGAUGUCUUUCCAUAAGGAGUGGUUCUUGGCAAACAUCUCACUUGAAUUUGACAUUGACUCGAGACUGCCCUUCAAUAACCAGAUCAUAAAGGCACACGCACGCAUGAACCUCGCUGUGGAGUUCCGGCUGGAGAAAGAUGAGUUUGGCCGGAGGGAUCUGGUGAUAGGCAACUGCUGCGUGGAGCCCAGCAGCGUCCGCAUGACUGUCCUCACUGAAGAUAUCCCACCAAAGAUGAAACAUUUUUUCCACAACCUCAGAGACAACCUGGAAAAAGUUUUCCCACACCUGAUAGAAAGUCAGGAAUGUCCUCUGAUCGAUGAAAUCCUCAGGCAGCUGGAUGUGAAACUGUUGAAAAGCCUCAUGGAGCAGGCCAUUGCUCAUGAACUCAACCAACUUUGA